AACCAUCUUGUUAGUCUUGAAAGUGCUACAUAUUUUUCCUUUUGUUUUACCAAGAUCAGACUAACAUGGCUACCUCACUAUUACUUUUCAACAUGUGGGGAAGCAAAGCACUUAUAGCUCCGUGCUGAUGUACCCUGUCCUAGGCUUGGGUAAGUUACUUUUUGUUUCUCUUUCAGGCUGGAGACUAUGAAGAUUAAUCAGAACACGGUCUUACAGGGGAAGAAGGUGACCCUGGUACCGUACACCUCGGCUCACGUAUCUCGAUACCAUGAGUGGAUGAAAUCGGAGGAGUUACAGCGACUGACCGCGUCCGAGCCCCUGAGCCUGGAGCAGGAGUAUGAGAUGCAGCGCAGCUGGCAGGAGGAUGCAGAUAAAUGCACGUUUAUUGUGCUGGAUGCUGAGAGGUGGUCUGGGCAGGCAGGCACAGAGGAGGACUGCAUGGUGGGGGACGUGAACCUGUUCCUCACAGAUAUGGAAGAUCCAACACUGGGAGAGAUUGAAGUCAUGAUUGCAGAACCCAGCUGCCGUGGACGAGGGCUUGGCAAGGAAACAACUCUGAUCAUGAUGUUUUACGGAGUAACAAAACUUGGAAUUACCAAAUUUGAGGCAAAGGUUAAACAAGAAAAUGAAACUAGUAUCUGCAUGUUCAAAAAGCUUCAUUUUAAGGAGGUUGCCGUGAACAGGGUCUUCCAGGAGGUGACAUUAAGACUGGAUGUGAAUGAGCAGCAGAGACAGUGGCUCUUGGAGCAAACUAAUCACAUGGAGGAGAAAAAUUAUAGUGCAUUGAACCUACAGACUCACGCCUCUGAGACCUGACAGCUUUUCCAGAGACAGGCAGGCCACACUCCUGCUAAGUCUCCAGGGAGGAACGAUACAACAUUCCUGAGUGCAAGUAUGGAAAAACACCUGGGCAGCAAGAGUAGAUCAAACAAACUUAAACCGCUUUGCUACUGCACACACCUGGUCUGCCACCUGUGAAAUGCUGAGCCUCCACUGCAGUCACAAUGCAGCAUCUACAGGGGCAUUCCUUUGAAACCGUGCUGGAAGCUGGCUAGGAUGAACAGAUGCCACCUGGAUAAGCAUAGAAGUACAACUUGGCUGGGAAUGGCCCUUUUGGCCACAAAGCUCCCUCUGCUCUGUUUUAGGAAGGGACUUUCUACAUCUCCAGGGCUUAUAAACAUCAGUGAAUUGGCCAGUAGUCUCUGGAUGAGCAGAGGAGACUCGGUUCCUUGCUAAACCACUGCCAUCCUUAGCAGCAGAGUUCCUAGUGUCACAGAUGGAGACGCCCCAGGAGACUCUGGCCUGCUUUGUCACAUGCAAACUGACAUAAAUGAUGUCAUCUUAACAUGAUCUGGUAGGAAAAGUAGCUCAGUUGCCAUCCUUGACUGGUAAAGCUGUGGCUACAAGAUUUAAAGAAAAAUAACCAGUGGGGACUAUCAGUGAGUCUGCUACACAAGUUGUUAUCAUUGCAGGUAUUGCAGGCACCAACUUUUCCCCUCAUGGCCUUUGCACUUAGUCCUGGCUUUCCAUCACUGCUGCCUGCCCCUCAUUUGGUUGCACAUACAUGAACCUGUUGUAUAGCUCCUUGCAGCUCCAAGUGUGAGCACAGCUUAAUGGGAGAGAGGGGUUAAGAUCUGAGAGGGGUUGAGUGUCCUUCUCUCCCAUUAAAGUGAAUUUGAGUUGUGAGCACGUUGUAGUUUGCAGUGGUAAACUAUAACACUUCUAAAAAGGUUAGUAACUAACAUGCUAACCUGCCAGCAUGUAAAGACAGCAACGAAGAGGAUAAAAUCUGAGGUGCUAAGUUAUCUCUGUGCAUCAGACUUCACCAGAGGAUGAUUUUUGAUGGGUAGAAAUGCCUCUUCCAGGUCUGCUUGGUACAGGUACUCAGAAGGGCCAUUGCUGUGAUAGAAUCUCCAUAAAAAGGUAGUGAGGAAAUUAAAUUACACUGAGGAGGUAAAGAAUAAAGCAGCUGAGCUGCUACUCUGCUUAUGUAUAACUAUCUAUAAUUAACUGUUGGAUUACCUAGGGAAGUAGUGGAGUCUCCAUCCCUGGAGGUGUUUAAGUCUCGGCUUGACAAAGCCCUGGCCAGGUUGAUUUAGUUGGGAUUGGUCCUGUCUAGAGCAGGGGGCUGGACUUGAUGACUUUCUGAGGUGUCUUCCAGCUCUAUGGUUCUAUGAUCUACAUUACAAGGCAACCAGAGAAUGGCUACCCUGGAGCCCAGCCUUUAAGGGAGUGAUAAAUAAAACUUGUGGAACUGACUGCUG